AUGUCUGCCAUAUCUACUUAUCAAUCGAAAAUUCAAACGUCUCAAUCUAUCUUCGAACAAAAGAAUGGAAAAGAUUUUAUGCCAGAAGCAAGAUCCACAAAUACGUCAAGCAUUCCGAAGCAAUUAUCGGAUCUACCAAAAAAUACUAACACGAAUUUAGAACAACAAUUACUUAUGCAACAAACAACAUCUAAGGUUAAUUGUUAUAAUUCAACGUGGAUAUGGCCAGUGGGCAUUUCAUAUCAACCUGAUUUUAUUGAAAUCGUGGUUACUGAUGAUGAAAUGAGUGCAUAUUGGGAUACAAUAAUAGACUGGUUUUAA